AUGAGGAUUCUGGUAGUACUUCUCAUUUGCGUGCUGUUGUUGAAUUCAGCAUUUGCAGUGGAACCAUGCGAAAAUUUGGAUGAAACAUCUCAAGUGCGAACGCGAUGGAAACGCCAAUGGGGUUGCCGAUAUUCACCAUUCAUGCGUGGCCCGUACUAUGGUGGUUGGGGUGGCGGAUGGGGUGGUGGAUGGGGUGGUAGAUGGGGCCGCUGA